UGACGGGUUAGUUCAUCUCUCAAUUUGACACUGUUUGGCUGUCGAACACAAAAUGAUUGCGCUGUUCUUCUACUUCCUCUAUGGCUGUAACCCAGUAACCUGGCAGGCUAGCACCAGGCAGUCGUAAGGCUGGUGGCAAUCCGGAGGAAUCAAAUUUCAGAACACCCCGGAUAUCCCUUUCUGCUCAACUUGUUAUUUGUAGCUCCAAAAAGAAAGUUAGUUACUCUUACAGUAAAUUCAUCAAACAUGUGGUCUGCAUAUUUGUUUCGCAAACACUUUUCAAUCAGAAGUUUGGCUAAAAAGACAAUUCCAUGCUUUACGUUGCUUCAGAAAAGUAGAUUACUUUCAAACCCAGUUGGUCCAAGAAUGUUUGACAACCAGUGCUCUAUCAAUUACAGUAGUCUUGUUGAGGCAAUUGAUUCUGGGUAUGGUCUGAAAACAAGAAAUAAGAAUGGUGGUAAAUCAGAUUCUUUUACUGUCUCUUACCUUGUGAACUCAUGUGGGUUGUCAGAAGAAAAGGCCUUUUUGCUUUCUAAAAGAGUGAAAUUUGAAUCCCCUGAGAAGCCAAAUGCUGUUUUAACCUUUCUCAGGGACCAAGGAUUCAGCAGUAUCCACAUAACUAGAAUUGUGAUAUCUGCGCCUAAGAUUCUUUUAUACAAUCCUGAGAAGACACUUUUGCCCAAGAUUGAGUUUUUCAGGUCUAUGUGGGUUUCUAGAACUGACCUGACCAACUAUCUUUCAGCGAACCACCAUCUAUUGACAUACAGCUUGAAGAAUACAAUUUUACCUAUGUUUAAUUGCUUCAAGAGCAUAUUUUUAACGGACGCUAGGAUUGCCAGUGCUGCUAUGUGGCGUAAUGCCUUUUUUUGUAAAAAUCCGAUAAAGAACCUUACUUCAAAUAUUGCUAUGCUACGAGAACUUGGAGUGCCAGAAAAGCAUAUUAGAAUGUCAUUGGCUCAUUUCUCUCUCGCAAUGAUGCAAGACAAUGAUCAGUUUGCAGAAGCUUUAUCCCAGGUUGAGGAAAUGGGAUUUGAUCCUUCAAAAUCAAUGUUUAUGAUCGCCUUACUUGCUCGAUCAGGUAAGGGUAAUAGAUCGAGAUGGGCACGCAAUUAUGAAAUCUAUAGUAGUUGGGGUUGGUCUGAAGAUGAAAUUCGUUCGGCAUACAGAGGGCAACCUUUCUGUAUGCUCGUGUCAGAGAAGAAGCUUACCAAGUUAAUGGACUUUAUGGUGAAUAAAAUGGGAUGGAAUUCCCAGGUGGUUGCAAGGGAGAAGAACUUCUUGCGAAACUUUGUCACUCUUUAUGAGGAGCAAGUGCCUGAACUACGGGGUGUCUAUCAGGGUAAGAUAGGCAUUCUUGAUGUGUAAAUUGGAAAUGCACACACACAACCUUCAAAUUUAUUCCUCUUUUCUGAAGUAGCUGACUUACCCUCCUCCUUUCCGUCUUUGAAGUUCCUUAAAUACAUAUAGACAGUUUAUUGUCGUUUUCUGAUAAAUGACCUUUUCUAUUUGCUAAGUUUUGUAAUCCUUGUAUUGUGGCAACUCUAACUACUCCAUUGGAGAAAAUCACAUUCUUUUACAGUCUUUCCAUGAAUAUUGCCAGCAAAAAGGUAACUCUCAAAUUUUUGUUUUUAGAAAACUUGUAUUACUGAUGCAUCACCUUUUGUAAUCGUGUUGCAGUUACAUUGAUUUAAUCCUUUUAAAUUGAAUUUGCACCCUGCUAAAAAGUGAAAUGCUGGAGCAAUUGACAUAUCAGGCAUUUACUGGAGAGCUAUUUUUUGUUUUUUCUGACACCAUGAUUUACUCUUCACUUCCCUUGAAAACUAUCAUGCCUUGGGAUUGAUAGCAUAUCGAUUAUGCUAUAUUGAAUGAAUUGGCUGCCUAAACAAAUGAAUGGCCCUUGCAAGAAUAUGACGAAACUCUGUGUUGCUGAGCAUAUUUGAAGUGGUCCUGCAUUUGCCUUCUGAACUUUAGGUUGCUGAGAGAAAAGGCUGAGGAGAAAGAUUGACAAAGCUCUGGCAAUUAGUUUGACCCUGUACAAACUUGUACCGGUUGGUAUUCUUUCCCUGAUUCUCCCAUGGAACCAUAGACGAAUGGGUUUGUGUCACAGCCAAUUCAUGUUACUCGAUAAAUUAGUUACUGAUGAGAUGAUUAGUGAAGAAUUUUUCUGGUAGGUGCUUUUGUAAAGUCGAGCAUCGUUUUGUGUUAGAUAGCUUGGGAUGUUAAAUAUAGCUGUAUCCUGAUAAUCCAAUUAAUACAGAAGGUGUUUCAACAUUUUCUAA